AUGAGAUCGAGGAUCUUUGCGGAAAAGGAUGUGCACUACAAGCGUGCCGUGGAGCUGUCUCAGGCACUGGAGGCGGCAGAGCGCCACGCGUCCAUGGCGGGCGCAGCAGGCGCGGCGCCGCACGACGACGGCUUGCACCGGAUAGGGAUAGAGAAUAAAAGUUCUAAAUAUUCAAACAAAAAUCAGUUUUUUCCGAACGGAUCGGACUCGCAGGAUGAAGGUUGUAAUUUUUAUAAUUUAGUAGUUAGUAAUAACGGUGAUGGUCCAUAUUACGCUAAAAUAAAAGUUGAGAACAUUCUAUGUAAAUUUGAGAUUGAUACGGGAAGUAAGUUAUCUGUUAUUUCCAAAGAAUAUUAUUAUUAUAAGCUUCAGAAGUGGAAAUUUAUUUAA